AUAAUGAUCAACUUAUAUGGUUAUUCGGGAAUAUACCAACAUUAAUUGUAAUACUGCGAAAUGACUAGAACAGUUAAUCUUGUCUAACGUCAAUAGAUUGUCUCAUUUAAUUGUAAGUUUUAUCUAUUUUAAUGAGAAACAUAUAAAUCUUAUAUCCGGAUUGUUUUCAUUCUAUCAUCUAUAAUCGUCAUGAGCGAACGUUCGAAGACGAUUGCAACAACUUUCACCAUUCAAGUGCACAAGGAUCGAUAGGUCGUGAGAUCUAGAAGCAAAGUCGUUUACCUCUUGGUCGUAAUCAACUCAGACACCUAUUGCGAAUAUAAGAAGCGGCUGUUUCUUAGUUUUGCGUAUGGAAUACACAUCUUUCAAUUCAACGCUUGUAGAGACGGUGAAAGGCCAAAGAGGCCUUCCCUACCUUCGCGAAUAUCUCGAUUGCUUUUUAUCCGUGGAGGAUCGAGAUUAAAGCCGUGCACACACGAGACAAUAGUUUCGCGAGUGUAUUACGCAGUUUUACUUAUCUUGUGCAUUAACUAAAUGAAAAAAAAAAAAAAGAAAACAACAGAAGAAAGAAAGAAAGAAAAGAGAGAGAGAGAGAGAGAGAGAGAGAAAGAGAUUUUUGGCGAACGAUUCUUUCAACUUCUUUCCCAAGUUUUAUCGAGCUAGGCGUCUAAAGAUCGUACGAAGUACGCACGACGUUUGUUAAUAAAGCGAUUGUUACGUUAAUGUACGACGAAAGAAAAAGAAAGGAAAUAGAGAAAUCAUCUUCGGAAUAGUAGACGUGUUCGAAAUAUCUCUCGUUGUGCAACUUUCUGCGCUCGGAGAUACGAGAGGAACCGAGGGUUCCUAUUAAUUGAGGAAAAACUCGUUCGGAGAAAUGGUCGCAGGCCGUACGACAAUUUCGAUACCCCUUUUACCACGUCCCACUAAAUAUGGAAGAGCCGAAUAGUGGUGAUGCUGGUGACGGUGGUGCUGGUGGAUGAUGGUGGUGGUGGUAGUAGUAGUAAGGGAUGGGAGAUCCAUGGUGUAGGAUUUUUUUCGCGUCGCGUAACUUUAUUGUACAAUCGAUUGCGUAAGGGUCCUCUCUCGUAAAAAGCGACCUGCACGCUUAACGAUCAAACGUGGCCACAAAUACGCACUUUUACAUACGACGAUCAACGGUGAAUACCAUCCGCAUGGAUUUUAAUCAUUCGGCAAACAAGCAACAAAGUUUCCUUCGGAGGGAACAUUAAAAGAUUAUCAUCGUGAUGAAUCAUCUCGUUUGUUGUUACCCAGCAAUGAGGUCGCACAAUUUCCACAUCGUCGUCGUCAUCUUCAUCGUAUUCGUUGUCGUCCUCAUCCUCAAUUUUGACAGAGAACGAGUGUAUAUAAUUUUAAUCUAAUGGUUGGGAAAAAUCGCGACCCUUUAAACGAAGGAAAAUUUUGGAUGGAUUGGCUUUAGAGGAACGAACAAUUGGACAAUGUUAUGGUAGGAGCAAUCAAAGGCGAUAGAGGAAGAAGAGAAAGAAGAAGGGAAAGAAGAAGAAGAAAGAGGAUCGCGACUAGAAAGAUUUUUGAUGAGAUGCGAUAUAUCGAUGACGACGACGAUGAUGAUGAUGAUGAUAAUCAUGAUGAUGAUAAUAGCGAUGGCAUAAUAGUAGUGAUACUGGUAGUGUUGUAGUGGUGAUGGUAGUGAUGGUGGUGGUGGUGGUGGUGGUGGUGGUGGUGAUGGUGAUGGUGAUGGUGAUGGAGAGAUAGUGGUGGUAGUACGAAAGUUAAACUUUGUGAAGUAGAAGGAAGAAGACAAAAUCAUGGAGAGACAAGAAGGGCGGGGAUCAAGCUGAAGAAAGGCGAGAGAGCUAUAAAAGAGGCACCGCUCUCGACGAUGGGCAUCAAACACCUCGACAUGAAGGUGUUCGUAAUUACGCUCCUAUUGGCGUGCAUUGCCACCGCCUACGGUAAUUAAAAAAAAGAAAAAAGUAGCCGAACGAGAUUGACCAUUUGGUGAUCACACCGGGUUGAAUCGUCGUGGUCAAGUGAAGAUAUCAACUUUAACGAAGACAUCGUGUUUCGGAGGUAUCAACUAAAAGAGGACUUUCUAAGGGUUGGAGAGAGAAAGAAACAAGGUUACCGGCCUAAUCCAAGAAUAGGAGCAUAAAGAAGGAUGUUGGCCCGAUGUCUGAUAUUAGCCGGUGCAGCUGCUGUUGUGACAUCCGCCGGUGGGCAUGGUUUCGAUGCACAUCUACGUGGUCCCAGUUUCCUCAUAGAACCACCAUCGAGGGUGGAAUUUUCGAAUUCGAGCGGUGCCUGGCUGGAUUGCACGGCAUCCGGAAGUCCCCCGCCUAAUAUUGACUGGUCCACUGCAGAUGGACAUCCGGUAGAUGACAUAUCAACCGUGCGAAGGGUACUCAGGAAUGGUACACUCGUCCUGUUACCCUUUCCGGCAGCAGCUUAUCGUCAAGACGUGCAUAGUGCAGCUUAUAGAUGCGUCGCAAGUAACUCCGUUGGAAGGGUACUUAGUCGUGACGUCCAAGUUAGAGCAGUUGUCGCUCAGGCCUACAAAGUGGACGUGGAGGUAAUUGGAGGUGCAUCGAGAGGAUGCACGGCGAUACUAAGAUGCGUCGUUCCUAGUUUCGUCAAAGACUUGGUGCGUGUUGUGUCCUGGUUACAGGAGCCAUCUUUCUACAUUUAUCCUUCGUUACAAGGAGAUGGAAAAUUUCAUCUACUACCAACCGGAGAACUUCUCGUUCACAGUCUUGAGUUUAGCGAUCAAAUACACGGAUAUAGAUGUCAAACGAUGCACCGACUGACCAGACAAGUAGUUGUUAGUUCGGUCGCUAAUAUUAGAAUAGCCGAUCACAGGGGAGUAAUGCCUCCGGUGAUGCUCGAAAAUUCAGGCGUCGUUCACGUCGCUCAGGAUGAAUCAACGUCAUUGGUUUGCGUGGCACAAGCUUGUCCACCUCCCGAAUAUCGGUGGUAUGCACAGACGGGUGCUGAACCUAUGCUGGUCUUGUCUGGACCGAGAACUCGAUUGCUCGGUUCUAUGCUGGCCAUAGAAGCCGUAACGUUGGAAGAUAGUGGUAUUUAUAGGUGCUCCGCAUCAAAUACCGGCGGUGAAGCUGGCGCCGAAAUCAGACUCAUAGUGACAGCACCGCUUCACGUCGAAGUAACACCACCUUUGUUGAGCGUUCAUUUGGGUGGUAACGCCGAAUUCACUUGUGAGGUUGGUACACAUCCUCAAGCUGGUCCGCACUUUAUCACCUGGUACAAGGACGGCAGGCAGCUUCCAGGAACGGGAAGGCAAUCAGAAUUAUUGAGGCUAAAUGGUAUAGGUAGAGAAGACAGGGGAAUGUAUCAGUGCAUCGUCAGAAGGUCAGAGGGUGACACUGCCCAGGCCUCCGCGGAAUUACAAUUGGGAGACGCCCCACCGGUUCUGCUUUAUUCCUUCAUCGAACAGACUCUUCAACCAGGGCCAGCAGUGUCAUUAAAAUGUUCCGCUGCUGGAAAUCCUACGCCGCAGGUCACUUGGGCUUUAGAUGGUUUCCCCUUACCAACUAAUGGAAGGUUCGUCAUAGGACAAUACGUGACGGUACACGGUGAUGUAAUAUCGCACGUUAACAUUAGUCACGUGAUGGUCGAAGAUGGCGGAGAGUAUUCCUGUACGGCCGAAAAUCGUGCUGGCAAAGUUACGCAUGCUGCACGUCUCAACGUUUACGGUCUACCUUACAUCCGAUUAAUUCCAAAAGUAACCGCCGUGGCUGGAGAGAAGCUUAGUUUGAAGUGUCCAGUAGCUGGAUAUCCGAUAGAAGAAAUCAAAUGGGAACGAGCGAAUCGCGAAUUGCCAGACGAUCUUCGACAGAAGGUUCUUCCAGACGGGACCUUGGUGAUAAUAAGCGUCCAGAAGAAUAUAGACGCUGGAGUAUAUACCUGCUGGGCUCGUAACAAGCAAGGACACAGCGCAAGAAGAUCAGGAGAUGUCGCAGUAAUCGUUCCCCCAAAAAUUAGCCCGUUCACGGCAGAUCGCGAUCUUCAUCUCGGCGAACGAACUACCCUAACUUGUUCCGUGACGAGGGGCGAUCUGCCAUUAUCCAUCUCAUGGCUCAAGGAUGGAAGGUCGAUGGGACCAUCGGAACGCGUCACUGUUACCAAUAUGGACCAGUACAAUAGCAUACUGAUGAUUGAAAGUUUAUCUCCAGAUCACAACGGCAACUACUCGUGUGUGGCCCGUAAUCUGGCCGCAGAGGUAUCGCACACGCAGCGGCUAGUGGUUCAUGUACCCCCUAUUAUUGAGCCAUUUACGUUCCAAGAGGGCCUUUCCGAGGGGAUGCGGACGCGGACGGUGUGCGGGGUCGCGGCGGGUGAUCCACCCCUAACCAUAUCCUGGCUGAAAGACGGCCAAAGUCCCUUUUCCUUGAUGCCGAAUUUGGCCUCCGUUGCAAACAUCUCCCAACUGGAUCCCUACUCGAGCCUCCUCAGUAUAACGAACCUCGCGGCCGAGCACUCCGGCGACUAUACCUGCGUCGCCGCGAACCCCGCCGCCGAGGUCAGGUACACGGCCAAGCUACAGGUAAAAGUUCCUCCGCGAUGGAUCGUCGAACCGACAGACAGCAUAAGCGUUGAAAGGAACAGGCACGUUGCUUUGCAUUGUCAAGCACAAGGUGUACCGACGCCUGUUAUCGUUUGGAAAAAAGCUACGGGAAGCAAAUCUGGCGAAUACGAGGAGUUGCGGGAACGGGCGUACACUAAAAUUCUAAGCAAUGGAACGCUCCUUUUACAACACGUGAAAGAGGACAGAGAAGGUUUUUAUCUUUGUCAAGCGAGCAACGGUAUAGGAUCUGGCAUAGGCAAGGUUGUGCAAUUAAAAGUUAAUUCAUCGCCGUACUUCGCUGCACCCUCGCGAUUGGUAACGAUUAAGAAAGGAGACACCGCUACGUUACAUUGCGAGGUACACGGAGACAAGCCAGUGACUGUAAAAUGGUUGAAAGGCGGAAAAAUUGAAUUGAAUCCUUCGACGAAUUAUCGAGUCACCGUGAACCAAGAACCAACGCCCGACGGUGUUAUCGCACAAAUGCAAAUUUCCUCGGCCGAAGCAUCCGACAGCGGAGCAUAUUUUUGUCAAGCUAGCAAUCUUUACGGUCGCGAUCAACAACUUGUACAACUCCUCGUACAAGAACCACCACAACCUCCAAACACUUUAGAAACAGCCAUGGUAGCUAGUCGAAGUAUAAACGUUAAGUGGCAACACAAGUCUCAAGAUACCAGUGAAGUUACCAAAUACAUACUUCAAUAUAAGGAAGGCGAAGGUGGUAUGUGGCAACAACAAGAAUUUGUCGGACCUCCUUUACCUUACGCUGCUUUAAUCGACGAUCUUAAACCUGCUACAAGAUACACGAUACGAGUAAUCGCUGAAGGACCAGCAGGUCGUUCGGCUCCUUCAACGGAACUAUUGGUUAGAACCGAACCUCAAAGACCCGCAGGACCUCCAGUUAAUCUCGCUGCAAGAGCACUUUCUUCCUCGGAAAUUUUGAUUACUUGGUCACCACCAUUGCCCGAACUUCGUCAUGGUGACAUACAAGGCUUUAAUGUCGGCUAUAGAGAGACUAGCUCAGGAAAUCCAUCGUACAAUUUCACUUCUGUAUCCGGAGAUGGUGAGGAAGGGGGCGGUGAACUUCGAUUGACGGGUCUUCGACCUUACACGAGAUACUCCUUGGUCGUUCAAGCGUACAAUCAAGUCGGAUCUGGACCUUUAUCCGAGCCAUUACUAACGCAGACAUUAGAGGAUGUUCCCAGUAAACCACCGGAAGAUGUGAGAUGUGCUGCGCUUACUUCGCAAUCUCUACAAGUAUCUUGGCAACCACCUCCUAAUACUCAUAGUAAUGGCAUUAUUCAAGGUUAUAAAUUGAAUUACGAGCCGAUUUUAGCGGACGCAUGGCGUGGUGUGGAUGAAAUGGAAGUACGUAAAACUAGUGCUUUAACGAUAGUCCUCACAGAUCUAAGAAAGUAUACAAAUUAUACGAUACAAGUACUAGCCUAUACGAGAGUAGGAGAUGGAGUUCCUACUACUGUUACUUAUUGUCAGACAGAAGAAGAUGUACCUGGAAGUCCAGCGGAUAUUAAAGUGGUCGUGAGUUCGCCUCAGGCUCUUUUUAUUUCCUGGCUGCCACCAUUGGAGCCUAAUGGAAUUAUCACAAAAUACAAUCUCUAUACUAGAGUUGUCGACGGUCAGGGAGAAUUAAAUCAUGGCAAGAGGACAUUACCAGCUACGAACACUCAUUUCGAAGCAACGGGCUUACAACAACACGUAGAAUAUCAAUUUUGGGUAACAGGUAAUACUCGAGUCGGUGAAGGCCAAAGUUCGAAAGUUGCAGCUCAAGUACCAACUAAUAGAGUACCCGCAAGGAUCACGUCCUUUGGUGGUCAUGUUGUAAAACCAUGGAGAGGUUCUGCUACUUUAGCUUGCAAUGAGGUUGGAGAUCCCACUAGAGAAUGGUACAAAGGAGCCAUUGAACAAAUUCGAACCGAUACUACCAGAAACGCACAAAUUUUACCAACCGGCGAACUCGUCCUUUCGAAUUUACAAUCACAAGAUUCUGGAAAUUAUACCUGUCAAGUGGAAAACGCCCAAGGGGGUGAUAAAUUACAUUACACUCUUACAGUGCAAGUUCCACCCAAUGCACCUGUAUUAUAUGUAACGAGUUCAACAUCGAGUAGUAUAUUAUUACAUUGGAAAGCUGGUUAUCACGGAGGUGCUCCUCUAACCGGUUACACGUUACAUUAUCGUACAACGCAUGGCAACUUAGACGAAUUACAUCUCUCUAGACAUGCUACUAAUCACGAGCUAAAGGGUCUUUUAUGUGGAAAUACUUAUCAAUUGUAUUUAACAUCGCAUAAUAAAAUUGGUAGUAGCCCUUCGUCGCCGGUACUUUCUGUACGAACUCAAGGCCAAGCACCAGGAAUACCACCGUCCGCGGCUUUUCUUAGCCCCAACUCGACAACGUUGGUUCUAAGAUUACACGUUUGGCCUGACAAUGGAUGUCCUAUACUUUACUUCGUUAUUCAGUACAGACCUGCAAACGAAUUUCAUUGGACUUUAGUGUCUAACAGCGUUAAAAUGCAACGAAGAUUCGUCGUAACAAAUUUAACACCUAGUACGGUUUAUCAAUUGAAGGUCGAAGCUCAUAACGUUGCUGGAAGCAAUCAAGCGGAAUUCAGUUUCGUGACAUUGACGAAGGAAGGUGAACCACCGCCUCCAGAAUUAUCGAAACGUGGAAUAGCAUCUGUUAUACCAUUCUAUGCGGAUGUAAAAGUUAUGCUGCCUUUGAUAAUCGCUACAUUUGCUCUGGUCACGACGGCCAUAAUAGUUGCUUUCCGUUGGCGAAACAGAUAUUUGGGAGACAGAGUUCAAAGACCGAUGAAGGAGUCCCAAGAAAAUCAACAAAACGCGGAAACACAACGAGAACGUUAUUACGCAACUAUUCACAAGGUCGCCCUGCAACAGGCAGCAAAUACGGGUGCAGGGCCCGACAAGAUUCCAGGUGAACCUUUGUUACGAUACGGACGACAGCCAGAGACAGCGGAGGACAUCUCGCCGUACGCUACGUUCCAGCUUUCGGAGGGUGGCGGGGGAAGCCUGGCAGGGCUGGGAGGAUUGGGAGGACUGGGAGGCGCGGCGGAAGCAUCUGCGGCAGGCCUACAUCCGAACAAUACUCUUCUUCACAGUUUCAUGUAUCACGAGCACGCUAUGACCGAGGGCUGCGCGAGUCCUCCGCCAGCGGCAACGAGUAUGAAGAGUGUCUCGUCGAGGAGACGACAACAGAGGAAACAACAAACCCCGGGCGACGUCGAGAGCGACGAGAGCGAGUCUGACCCGGAUCAGCUGACGAGCUCUCGCACAGAGUCUUCCAAUCAACUCGACGCUGGCAAACUCAAACACAUUCGAGCCGUUUCAGACUUCAUUUAUCACGGUACGUCGAGCACUUCCUCGGACAUCUCGCCGAUGUCGGAACAGAAAUCACUGCCACGAAGAGGACGAUCUAGAUGGCAUGUUCCCAGCAGGAAUUCACUGCGUACGUUGCUUCCGCCGAUAUCGGUUGCGGAGACUGCUUUUGUAGCGGGUAAUCAAGGCAACGUCGUUCCGCAACAUGGAAAUGGUGAUCGUCCUGAGCUGAGCGAGGCCGAAUGUGACAUCGAUUCUUUGAAGAAGCUCAAACUAGGCCUUAGGAGUUCCCUUUGGUCAAGACCGAGUACUCAAAAUAAUCCUUCCUCCGAUUACUCUAUCGCCGUCUAACUUCUCGGGCGUUACCACGAUCGACCGAAUACUCCAAAUUCUCUUCCAAAAGACCCUUUCAUCCCUUUUCGUGGUCCAAGUUGAAUAGAUAAAGAAUACAAUUUAAUCUUCUUUCCCGUGUCUCGUCGAGAAGCUAUGAUGCUUAAUUAAAGAACAGCGAAUGAGAGAUAUAAAUAGAUGGAGAGAGAGAGAGAGAGAGAGAAAAAGAGAAAGAGAAAGAGAGAGAAAGAAAAUAGUUGAACGCGCCGUUAAUAGACGCACGAUUUGAAAAAUUCGGAUUAAUCCAAACGAAUGACACGACAAGACACGUUAUACGUUGAGCGUGUACGUAUUAGAAAUGGGCGUGCGUGAACACGAUUAAUACAAAUUUCUAAUCGUAUAUACGCGUGAGUGCCAAAGAUAAUAAAAAUAAGGAAAGAAAUGAUGAAAUAUACUCGUAUGGUACGAAUAGAACCGCGCGAAAUUUGAAAAUUCGUAUAUAAUGCGAUGAGAGGACGUAAGGCGACACCAAGAGAAGAGAUUUUAGUCUUCUUCGUAUUUCAUGUACCUUCGUAAUAUAGAAAUAUAUAUAUAUAUAUUUCUCGCGACCACUUUUAUCCGAGCGGUAAUAAUCGAAAACACAUAUCGAUCGGCUAUCGAAAAGUAACCGUGUGACAUCUUUCGUAUUGCCAAAAUGUAAAACUCUUUUUACAUAUAAUAAAAUGUAUCGCGAUCACCGGGAUACGUCGAACGAGACUGAUUUUUAUCUCUAGUUUAUAAAAUUCUCCGAAUUAUUUAUUCGACGCGUUCAAUAAGAACAUCUUCUUGUUCGGUGUCAUCUUCCUUCUUAACAUCGCAAAGAAACACGCGAACGGCCGGUGCGAAGAGCCAAAGAGAAGAGAAUAAUAUAAAUAUAGGUCGAGGUAUUGAUAAACAAAAGAAAAAAAAAAAAGAGCAAGAAAGAAAGACAAACGAGAAAUAAAAUAGUGGAACGAAGGGAUAGAAAUAUGGAGAUGAUUUUCGUCCUCGGGACGAAACUCGAUGAAUCGUUGGACUCUGUUACAUUGUAAGAGUUUAUAACGUACGAGUACACAUCGUUAAUUACUUUAAAUCCGUUAUGAUCCUAAAAGACUUCUAAAUAGUACGUUUUUCCGUGCGACGAAGAUGAGGAUCUAGUAAGGCUGGAGUGGACUUCAUCCAACUCUACGAAUUAUUAUUGUCCACUCUUCGGAGCGUUUAGAGAAAGAGAGAAAUAGAAAAUGGGGAGAGUAAACAAAAAAAAAAUUAGAUAAAGAAAGAAAAAAAAAAGGAGGAUGAAACGGGAGAGGCGCGGAAAACCGUAUCUCUCUUCGAAUGUCGCGCACGCUCAUAAAAGAAAAAAAAAAAAAAGAUUCAUCUAAUUGUCAGUAAAAUACAAAAAAAAAAAAAAUCCAAAAAAAACCAAAAAAAAAAUACAAAAAAAGAAAAGAAUAUCAAAUCGAUCACUGUUGCUAUCUUGCGUCCGUUCGACUUUCGCUCGGCCGACGAUAAGAGGGAGAAAGAAAAUUAAUUCGAUUUUCGUCGAAUCGGUGGCCGUAAGUCGUCGUCGAUAGAGUAAAUAGAGGUUAGUAGACCUUAAAGAUUCCAAGUUCCAAAAUAUUUCCACGACACUGCCAGUCUGCAGACUAUCGAAUGGAUCCAAUAAUAAUCUUGACUGAUCUCCAUUGUCUUUCGUAGCGAUCACGAAUUUUUUCCGAAAGACUGCUUUUUGCGUAAAAAACUACGCUAACACUUGGGAACACACUACACCAAGAUUAAUAAUUAUUAAUAAGAUAUUCGUUGGCCAAUCAUAGUGGUUACUGCCCUAAACUAAUAAAGAAAAAAACAAAAAAAAACAAAAAAAAACAAAAAAAAAACAAAAAAAAAGAAGAAAAAAAAAUAACAGUGCGCGACAAUGCGAAGACGAGGCCAAAAUGGUAUACGCGUAUAAUGAAUGUGAGAGAAAGCACGGGGACGAUAAAGUUUUGUUGAAGACGUUUCGCCUCUUGGUGCAUUUUCAAAAAUCGACGAUACAACUUUAAAGUGUAUAGAUUUAGUAAUAAUACAAAUUUAAAAAAAAAAAAAAAAAAAGAAAGAAAGAAAAAGAAAGAAUGAAAUAAAAAAAUUAUAAAGAACAAAAAGAAUUACCAUGGAUAAUAUCUUCAACGAAGUUUUGUCGUCAUUCUUUUAAAGAACUCGGAGCGAAAACGCGCGUUACGUACAGAGAGAAACGUUGCGUUGGUGUAUAUAAAAUAAUAAUAAUAAUAAUAAUAAUAAUAAAAGAAAAAAAAAUGAAGUAAAAAAAGAAGCACGUCAAUCAAACUCGUAGAGUUCGAUUCGAAUUCGUUAGUAUCAUUUACCGGGAAGCGGGUAUUAUUUACGACACGCGAAACAAACACACGUGUUUUAGGUCGGGCACUCGAUCGUCCGCCGCCGAAUUUUUGUACAUUUUUUCAUUGCGAUCGAAUUCCGCCGAUCCUUUUUUUCUACGUUAACGAUUCGGUAGGAAGACUCAGUGCCACGAUUACAUUGCGAGAUUAUACGAUGGUCGUUCAAAAAAUAUGUUAGCGAGAUAUCUUUGAAGAGAUCUGGAAUUAUUCUAAAAAGAGAUUUUUAGACACUCUAUACUAUAUACAUGUAUAUAUAUGUGUAUAUCUAUAUAUAUAUAUAUAUAUGUGUGUGUGUGUAUCUAUCAAGGAAUUAUUCGACGUAUUUUAAAAAUAUCAUUGAUCUUUUCAGCUUCGUAACGAUAUCAAUAAAUAUUGAAAUGAAGAAUUGAACACGAUUGAUCUCGCAAGCUCAUUUCAUGAACGACCCUUGUACGUAUAGCGGUACGGUAUUUAUAUAAAUAUGUUUUAUCAUAUUGGAUCGAUCGAUGAUAUUCUCUUGAGAUCUCCUUACGAAUAAUAUCUUUGGAAGUUAAAUUAAAACUAUUCGUUGCCGUUCGAUCCAGUUUCCGAUCGCGAUUCGAAGUUACCGUCUUCUUGAUCGUCGACUUUCUCGCGAAGAACAAAAAGAAAAAAGACAGAAGAUGUGAGAGCAAAUCAAACGAACGAUUAUUAUUAUAACUAUUAUUAGUGUCGUUGUAAAAAGUAUCUUGCGCGAAUGUGGUGGUAUGCUUGUGCGAAAGAUCUAAAAAUCUCUUUUCCCCUCUUUGGAGCGUCAUCUCGAAUAAAAAUAAGAAGAAGAAUAAAAGAAAAAAAAAAAAAACAAAAAGGAAAGAAGGAAAGAAAAAAGAAAACAAAAGAUAAUAAAGCUCGCCGAGAUUUUAAUUGUCAAUAAACUCAAUAUCUCUGCUGACUGCCAAAAUUUCUCUUCCGUUGCGAGACUGCGAUUAACGACGUAAAUAAAUGAAUUUGAGCAUUAUUUCGCUCUAAUCAUAUUAAAAAGUCGAAGAUAUGAAGUUUCGAAGCACUGCGUCGAUCGUAGAAUCGAUUAAAUAAAUUGAUAUCGUGUAAAACAUAUCCGUUCUUUCGUUAUCUCAUUUUUUUUUUUUAUACAAAAGUA